UCCUGAACCUUCCAUCUCAUCGCCAACUCAACAGAACAACAUUGCUCCUCGGUCCAGAGUUUUAUCGAAACGGCUCAAUUUCAAUUUUCUUUGUCCCGACAAAAGUUAUCGUUUUUUAACAUUUUACACAAGUUUAUACGGUCCAGGGCAGCUUUCCUUUCUGUUUACAGUGGGUACACAAAUCUUUUCUUGGAGACGCAGUAAUUUGCAAGUGGUUUUUCCUGGUGUCAAGUGUUCGAUCCAAUUUUAGGUGACAAUUUCAUUAAUAAUUAUUACACAUAAUGUCACCGCCUCGCCAACAGAGGAUUUCGAGAAAGGGUUGGAAUAUGACGUCGUCCAGGGGAGGUUUAUCCUCUUUAAUUAUGUUGGGACUGCCAAUUUUGUUCAUAAACUUUUGUCCUGUGGAGAUGCAAAAUGAAGGUGAAACGGCCUGGAAUACGGCAGACUAUUAUAAACGGGAACAUUCGUUGGGUAGACCGUAUCAAGGAACUGGGUGGCAGAUUCCAUACUGGGAUUUUCAUGGAAGUACAAUUGUUACAAAUCAAUAUAUCAGACUAACGCCAGAUUCUAGAUCCAUGCAAGGCGCGCUCUGGAACUCCGUGGGAAUUCAAAUGAGGAAUUGGGAGGUUCAAAUGCAGUUUCAAAUUCAUGGGAAAGGCAAGGACUUGUUUGGCGAUGGGAUGGUGUUCUGGUACGCCAAAGAUAGGAUGAUACCUGGACCCGUGUUUGGAUCGAAGGAUUAUUUUAUGGGGAUGGCAAUUUUCUUGGAUACGUACAGUAAUCACAAUGGGCCUCAUAACCACCAACAUCCUUACAUUUCAGCGAUGGUAAAUAAUGGAAGUCUUCACUAUGAUCAUGAUAAGGAUGGGACACACACUCAGCUGGCUGGAUGUGAAGUAAAAAUAAGAAAUCUUCAACAUGACUCUUGGGUUGCAAUUCGUUAUGAAAAUGAUGUCUUGUCAGUUUCUACCGAUAUCCUGGGCAAGAAUGCUUGGGCACCUUGUCUCAGAGUCGAAGGAGUUCAACUUCCCACGGGCUAUCACUUUGGUGUUUCAUCUGCCACUGGAGACUUAACCGACAACCAUGACGUCAUUGCUAUUAAAACUUAUGAGCUUGAUGCUGGCCCUGGAGUUCAGGGUUCACGAGAUCAAAUCAUUCCAGCAGCAAAGCUUUUCGAACAACCCCGUGAGCGUAUUGAAGAUAAACCAGCAGGAUGGUCUGGCAUCAAAAUAUUCUUUGUGACUCUCUUCGGAAUUUUGGGAACGGUUGUUCUCGUCGUCGUUGGAGUCAUGGUCUACCAAAAUCAUCAACAAAACUCCAGAAAACGGUUUUAUUAAAAACAACUCAACAGAAGAAAAUACCUCCUGCUCAGCUCCAGCUACAAAGUCGCAUCAGAAUUUUUAUAAUGACGCCUAUUUUAUUCACAUUGUGCAUAAACUUAUAGAAACUUGGAGACUCCCCCGUGUGCUGAAUAAGCUACCAAGACCAAUAAUUAAUCGUAUAGUAAUAAUCAAUUAGUUCUUAAAGUUUUGCAGUAGAUGAAAUUCUCGUAUUCAUUAUCUUUUGUUGUUGGUCGUUGAGUAUUCUUGUCAUUCUACAGCCAAAGUUUUGCCAAUUAUCCCGCUGUUCUUUUAAAAUUAUUUGGAUCUUGAUGCCAGAAAAAAAUUAAGUACCAGUUCCAACAACCAUUACGUUUUUAUAAGUUAUAGUUAUUUCAAGGAUUAAGGUAUUUUAGGUUAUUUAACUAUUUAGCGGCUAUUUAAAGUUCUCAAGGCUUAUUCUAGUGAUUUUUUGACUGAUUCCUUAAAAUAUAAUAAGUCCCACAAAUUGUUUUUGGAAUGAUUCAUUUAUGAGUAUUGUGUUAUCUUUCGUGAGCUGAGUGAAUGCCAUUCAUUCAUCGUGCGAAUGCGUGCUUUGCAGCAUUUCCUAUAAAAUAAGUAAUACUACAAAAUAUGAGAGUUUAUAUUGUGAUCUGUGUCUUGGAACUGGAUUUUGAGUGAGAAAUAUGUAAUAACAAUAAAACUUGCUAAACUAUGACCUUA